CUUCAAAGUCGCAGGCCUGAACGAGUGGGUGUCGGCAGGCGACCUGUUUCGAGCUCUCUAUACUUCUCCCUAUUUUUUUACUCCUUUUUUUCUCUUUUCCUUUUUUUGUGCAGCAGUCCAGUUGCUUGUCUUGAGAUGCCCCGCCCUCUAAACGCACUUAACUAGCGCGGAAAGGUCCACUCAACUGAUGUUAGUGAACAGCUUCUGGUUUCACCCCACCACGCUCGAAGCCUCAGAAGAAUGCCAUCACAACCAUCACCACCCCCGCCACCAAUCCUCAGCCUGUAGAGAAGCAACCCGUUGGAAGAGAUUCGCGUUGCGCCACACACCGACCCUUCCGUCUGGCCCCCGUUCGAGACAGAUCGAGACAGGGAACCCGUCCGCCUCCGGAGCCCAGCGAUCGCUGCCCCUCCACGCUUCGCGGAACUGACCGAACGCCUACGACCACCCACGCAGACUGCCCCGCCCCGCGAUACUCGACAUUGGUCCUUCGCCAUGGAUUGGCGGCCCAACGAGGAGUCCUUACGGACUCUUGCCGCCUGUCUCAAGGAUUCGCUGAGCGGCUUCAACAAGGCUGCGCAAAAACAGGCCGAAAUUAUGCUCUCACAAGCGAAAGCCAACCCGGACAUCAACAAUUACUUGGCUUACAUUUUCUCGAGCCCCGAGCCGCCUGCCGGCCUGGCCCUGCCGCCCAAUGAUUGGCACCUGGUGCGCUCGUCGGCCGCCAUCAUGCUCAAAAACAAUAUCAAGUCGAAUUACAAGCAGAUCCCCGAGACCAGCAUAGCGCUGAUCAAGCUUGCCGUCCCGCUGGGCAUCCAGGACCAGAACUCCCAGAUCCGCAAUUACGCAGGCAACAUCGCGACCGAGAUGGUCCGCCGCGGCGGCCUGUACAGCUGGCCCGAGCUGCUGCAGGACCUGUUGAAGUUGCUGAGCAACGAGUCCGGCCAAGUGUCGAACGAGGCCCAGGAGGGCGCCAUGGCCGCCAUGGCCAAGAUAUGCGAGGACAACACCAAGCUGCUGGAGCGGGAACACAACGGCCAGCGGCCGCUCAACUUUAUGCUCCCCAAGUUCAUCCAGGCGACCAAGAGCCCGUUGCCCAAGGUCCGCACCUAUGCGCUGACCGCAAUCAACGUCUUCACGCCCAGGAAAUCGCAGGCCAUGCUGAAUUCCAUCGACGACCUCCUCCAACAUCUCUUCUUCCUCUCCGAAGAUCCCGUAGCCGACGUUCGCCGCCAGGUCUGCCGCGCAUUCGUCCGCCUCGUCGAGACCCGACCAGACAAGCUCCUGCCCCAUCUUGACGGGCUGGUCGAGUACAUCCUCACCCAACAACAAGGCGACGACGAGGACCUGGCCUGUGAGGCGGCCGAGUUCUGGCUGUCGGUCGGCGAACACGACGACCUAUGGCGCAACCUGGAACCCUACAUCCAAAAGAUCAUACCGGUGCUGCUGCAGUGCAUGGUCUACAGCCCCGAGGACAUCGCUGUGCUAGGGGGCGAAUCGGACGACGAGGAUGAGGAGGACAAGGAGCAGGACAUCAAGCCACAGUUCGCCAAGAAGAAUCUCAAGCGCGGCGCCGGCGCCGGCGCCGAGGGGUCGGCCGAGGCAAGCCAGAAUGGGCAUGCCUACGAGAAGCUGGCGAGCAUGGACGACGAUCUGGAAGAGGGCGAGAUUGACGAGCUGGACGAAGAGGACGGCGGCGACGAGAAUCCCGACGAGAAGUGGACGCUCCGCAAGUGCUCGGCCGCAGCGCUCGACGUGUUCGCGACGGAUUUUGGCGGCCCGGUGUUCAACUCGAUCCUGCCAUAUCUGCAAACGAACCUGAAGCACCAGGACUGGCCCUGCCGGGAGGCGGCCGUGCUUGCGCUCGGCGCUGUGGCCGAGGGCUGUAUGGACGUCGUGGUCCCCCAUCUCCCCGAACUCAUACCGUAUCUCAUCAGCCUGCUGGACGAUCCGGAGCCGGUCGUGCGGACAAUAACCUGCUGGACACUCGGGCGGUACUCGGCAUGGGCGGCCAACCUAAGAGAUCCCGCCCAGCAACAGACCUACUUCGUGCCCCUCAUGGACGGCAUCCUCCGGAAGAUGGUCGACAAGAACAAGAAGGUGCAGGAGGCCGGCGCGUCGGCCAUGGCAAAUCUGGAGGAGAAGGCAGGGAAACACCUCGAGCCAUUUUGCGGCCCCAUCAUCCAGCAGUACGUCUUGUGUUUCAACAAGUACAAGGACAAGAACAGGUGGAUCCUCUACGACUGCGUCCAGACGCUGGCCGAGCACAUUGGUCCCGUGCUGGCACGGCCCGAGCUCUGCGGCCAGCUGAUGCCUGCUCUGAUCGACCGGUGGCAAAAGGUGCCGGAUCAGUCGAGAGAGAUGUUCCCUCUGCUGGAAUGUCUGUCGUAUGUCGCCAUCGCCCUUGGCGACGCCUUCACGCCCUAUGCCGAGCCCAUCUUCGCGCGCUGCGUCAACAUUAUCCAUCAGAACCUGGAACAAACCUUGGCGGCCAACAACAACCCCGAGCUUGACCAGCCCGACAAGGACUUCUUGGUCACCAGCCUGGAUCUCCUGAGCGCCAUCAUCCAAGCGCUCGACAACGCGAAGGCCGUCGCGCUGGUCAAGAACAGCCAGCCCGCCUUCUUCGAGCUCUUGAGCUUCUGCAUGGAAGACCCUGCCGACGAGGUGCAACAGUCAGCCUAUGCGCUCCUCGGCGACUGCGCCAAGUUCGUGUUCGAGCAGCUGGAGCCGUUCCUGCCCUCCAUCUUGCCCAUCCUGCUCAAGCGGCUGGACCUCGAGAACAUCCUCGACGAAGAGAUCGACAGCAGCUUCAGCGUGGUCAACAAUGCCUGCUGGAGCGCCGGCGAGAUCGCCAUGCAGUACAAGAAGGGCAUGGCGCCGUUUGCGCAGGAGCUGCUGCAGCGCUUCCUCGAGAUCAUCUCCAACCCGGGCGUGCCGCCGGGCGUCAACGAGAACGCGGCCAUUGCACUGGGCCGGCUGGGACUCGAUAACUACGACAUUCUCGCCCCACAUCUGCCCAAGUUCUCCGAAGAGUUCCUCCGCGCCAUGGACGACAUCGACCCGACCGAGGAGAAGGCAACGGCGUUCAAGGGCUUCGGCAUAGUGGUGGCGCAUAACCCGCAGGCGAUGGAGAAGGACCUGCUGCGCUUCUUCACGUCGAUCGCGCGGUAUCGUGACCUCAAGCUGCAGAAUCCCAUCAAGCAGGAACUCCAUGAGGUUCUGCAGAACGUCCUCAACAUCUACCGCCAGCUGAUCCCCCAGUUCAAUGACUUUGUCGCGCAGCUCCAGCCGCAAGACCAGCAAGCCCUGAAGGCCACUUAUGUGCUAUGAUAUCUACAUAUCCACACCCAGUCCGAGCUCUCGUCCUUUUCUAAGAGGGGGCGGACAAGGCGAUGGGAGAAAUGGGAUCGCCGCUGGAGAG